AUAUCUCCCAGGAGAACUGAAGGUGAUUGGCGGCUUCACGCCUUCUGGACACAUAGGGAAGGUGAAAGGCGCGGAAUCGCUUUUCAAUAAAUACGAGAUGGUUUUGGCGACAGAAAGUUUCAUGGAAGUACGUUUUGCGGCGAUUUGAAGUACAUCGAUAUUUUGUAUUUGAUCUUUUCUGCCCCAAGAUGCACUCCAGUCAAAGCCCGCGAAUUUUCAUUUUCUGUUGACCAUGCUUUGUUUCAUGGAUGCUGCUACGUUUUCUUCUGGCAUUAGAUCAUCAUCCGCGACGCACAUUUCGGACUGCAGGUCGCUUGACAAAACAUGCCUGAAUGGAGUGCAAGGCUUUCAAAUUCCAUUACGGCGUGCGGUGUUUUGGUGUGAGGAAGCGAUCAGGAGUCCUCUCGUCCUCCUGUGCCAAUUAAUUUGCUUAUACGCUGCUUCAAAUCAGGCGCAAAUCAGGCGCGGAUGGCCACGAUGGCGCACCUGCGGUCACCAGCAUUUCCACGGUGCCACAUUUGACAGCUGGAGGGCUCAUCGCAGAAGCGGUCAAACCCAUGAUGGUUACCUUUCACUGCUGCUAGCUCAACGCCCAAGUACUCUGAAUCAAGAUCUCGAUUUUCCCUUGGACCCACGAUCCUCAUUGCGUGUCAUCAGCUCAAUCUCAGAUGUGGGUCAGCCAUGCUGCUCAAGAUAAGAUUAAUAUGUCUUCGCAUCAUGUGCUCACCUUUGACGUGCUUCUCGAUGCAAGGCGCUCGGCGUGUCGAAGUUUAAUGCCCCAACUUCGCAAUCCGUACCCCGCAUUGACCUUGACAUCACUUAACCCCGCAGUUGUCAGUCUAGCCU